AUGAGGUGCCGGAAGCAUUUCUUUGAUUUUAGCAGCGACGUAGGCGUGUGCGCAACGUGCCUACGAGAACGUUUAAACGUAUUAAUCCAGACGCAAUCGAAUGAUCAGCCUGUACUGCUUGUUAGACCGCAGCUCGAUGAUGAUGAGCACAGGAAAUCGGAUGCGAUUCAGCCGCAGAUUGUGUUCCCGCGCUCCGUUUCGCCGUACGUGAGUCGCCGCAAAUCGGAUACCACGGCGGCGCAGCUACACCGAUUCUACAGCACUCCGCAAAUCGGACCGAACGGCGUCAUCGACACGGAGAGGAGGAGUCGCGGUAAAUUCUCAAUUUUGUCGAAAUUGUUCAGAUCUAAGACGCAGAAGCUCGAUGCGCAUCGGAACAUUGGCGAUAGACGAACGUACUCUACUUCUGAUGCUUCUGGUAUCGAAAUUCCCGAGGCGGUGAGCGAAACGACGCCGUCGUGGUUUUCGAGUUUGUUUGCGAGUAAGAGUAAGAAGAAGAUGAUGUCGAAGAGCUUUCCGGCGUUCGGAAACCGUAAAAACCACCGCGGAAUGUCGCCGGCGGUGGAGUCCGACGAGGAAUGGGGCGACAAAGUGAGUGAUUACUCUACGCAAGCAUCGCCGUGGAAAGAGACGCCGGUACGAGCGACGCCGAGGAGACAGAAUCAGCGAUAUGUGGCGGGAAUGGCGUUCUGUUUGAGUCCGUUAGUGAGACCGAGUCCGAAUCGGAGCUGGACUCUGAAAGGAGUGACGCCGGAAAGUGUGGUUCCGAGCGGCGAUGGGAGAGCUCCGGUGAAGCCUCAUUUGGCUGAAGCGGCGUCGUUUAGGGGGAAUAGAUCAAGGAAACUUGCUAAUUUUGGGAGGUUGAAUCCAAAAUAUUGA